AUGGCGGAUCUAUCGCCCAACUACAAGCAGCUGUACCUCGAGGAACAGCGCAGACGCGAAGAAGCCGAACGUGCACAGGGCGAAGAACGAAGUAGACGCGAAGAAGCCGAACGAGCACAGGGCGAAGAACGAAGCAGACGCGAGAAAGCCGAGAUGACGACCCGCAAGACGACACUGCCCGAGUUCCUCGACGCAUGCCACGACCACCUGCACGCAAGUCUGACAGUUCAGACGGAUACGACGCUGUCGACGCGAGGCGACCCUGCAAACGCGAAUAACAAGCUCCGGCCCCAAAGACUCCGCAUCUGGGAUGACUUCCCUGCGCGCCAAGCAGCCAUCUGGGAGGCGAUCAUGGAGUCGGGGUUCGCUCUGGAGCGGCAUUUCACCUCAGUGCAUACCUUGAGUGAGUCUGGAGAGACUAUCCAACAACGUAUGAUGAGCUCGGAGCUGGACUUGCACCUCUUCCAGCGGUCGACGGUCGAGCAGCCCGUGUCGCAGAUCAUCAAGCAAAUGCACAAUGACCGAGCGCUGCGACGCAAAUUUGGCCUGCGUGGCUCUGUGAACUUUGAGAACCACGCCAACACACUGAGCCCAGAGCAAGAGGUGGAAGAGGGCAUGCACAACCUAUCGGUGUCUGGCGGGGGCCCACGAAGAUCACCACGCUUGCAGGCAAAGGCCAACGCGUCGUCCUUAACGGAGCUUUCAGCGACCACCCGCAAUAGCACGUCGCGAUCUUCUCGCCCCCGGGCCGACCAAUUCUGCGUCUACAGCACGGGCGAAGAGAGCCGUACGGCUGCGUUCGUCAUCGAGUACAAGGCACCACACAAGAUUCCGCUCGGCUACAUCUACGAAGGGCUGGAUGACAUGGACUUGGACGAUGUCGUCGAAUGCCGCGAAACCGAGAGCCCGCGGGACCGCUUCCGCCGCCUAAUGGCUGCAAUCAUCACGCAAGCAUUCUCCUACAUGGUUCAGGUCGGCGUGGAGUACGGAUGCGUGUGCACGGGCGAGGCGAACAUCUUCUUGCGCGUGCCGCAUGAUCCCACAACCGUCUACUACUUUUUGUCUGUGCCAAAGGGCGAUGUUGGCGAUACGACCGGAUGGGUGCCAGACGCCGACGGUCCAAACCGACUGCACCUGACGGCUGUCGGGCAGAUGCUGGCGUUUACGCUGCAAGCUCUGAGAACGCCGCUUCGAAGCCACAAGUGGCGGAAGGAGACAUCGGCUCGGCUGAAGAGCUGGGAGGUCUUGUACAACGUACUGCUGGACGACAUCCCAUCGCACGAGGCACCGUCGUCAGAAUACCGGCCGCCUCGAAACACAGAAUUUCUUCGCAUGUCGCCUGUGCGGCUUCGGCAACGACGAGCACGCAUAGGCGAACCCGACUGCUCGCAGCCGCAGGAUCAGCGUAACACCAGCGACGAAGAGCCUGAUCCAGAUACACCAAGCCGACAGCCACCACCACCACCAUCAACAUCAUCAUCAUCAACAUCACCACCACCACCGCCCUCACAUCCAUCUCGCAACACAGGACGAGAUGGAAAGUACUGCACUCAGAACUGCUUGCUUGGCUUAGUGAGGAAUGGUCCUCUUGACGUCGCGUGCCCGAACGCGAGGCUACAUGGUACAGACCGUCAUCGGUUGAGCCGGUCGACGUUCCUCAAGCGCAUCCGCCAGCAGCUGUCCGAGGACCUAGACCAGAACUGCGAGGCUAUAGGGCUUCAUGGAGCGUGUGGCGUCCCCUUCCGUGUCAGACUGGAGUCCCACGGAUAUACUGUGGUCGCCAAAGCUUGCCCGAUCGAGCUUGUGUAUCGUCUCAAGUGGGAGGCCAAGAUCUACGAUCGCCUGUGGCCUAUACAGGGCACGCAUGUGCCAGUGCAUCUGGGCAACAUCGACCUAGAGGUUCCGUACUACUACGAGGGGAUUUGUGAGCUCAAGCACAUGAUGUUCCUCAGCUACGGUGGCAAGCGCAUGGACAAGCAUUUGGCAGCGGACAGCAAGUCGUUUGUUUCACAGCAAACGGAGGAAUCAGUGCAAGCCGUUCGUUCACUCGGAGUACUGCACAACGACCUCGCACAACGGAACAUGCUGUGGGAGGACCAAACACGCCGAGUGAUGGUGAUCGACUUCGAGCGGGCAGAGAUGGUGGAACCGCGAAGGGCGCUGGGCGCUAUCUCGGCCAACGAACGACAUGGGGCACUUGAUGAGCUGAUGGUCAAGGUCGAUGACUUGGGUUUGACGCAGUUAGGAUCUGGCAUGCACAUGCAACUACAAGCAAAACCCCCACUACAACACCACCACUUCACACUUGAAUAG